AUGGCGACCGUCAACAAGAACAUGAUCGUGAACGGCGUCGGCAACCGCCACCAUCAUGAUGACGACGACGAGCAGGUGCUUCCGUCCCUGCUCGCCGCCGCCCGCCCGUUCCUCCGCGGCGAGCUCGGCGCGGCGGACCCGGAGCUGCCAUCGCUGGUGUCCGUGCUCCGCGCGGCCGGCGCCGGCGAGUGCUACCACAAGCACGGCACGUUCCUGGCGCACCUCGUCGACGUCUACCGCAUCCUCCGCCUGUGGGGCGCGCCGGGCGCCGUGGCGCGCUGCGGCCUCUUCCACUCCUCCUACUCCAACUCCUACGUCAACCUCGCCAUCUUCCAGCCCGACACCGGCCGCGACCGCGUCAGGGGCAUCGUCGGCGCCCCCGCCGAGCGCCUCGUCCACCUCUUCUGCGUUGUCCCCAGGCACCAGAUCAUCCACGACGACCUGCUCUUCCACUACACCGACCAGGAGCUCAGGGACCACCUCGCCGCCUCGCAGGCUGCAGUGGAUGGCAACGCCGCCUCCACUGGACAAGAGCUGCCGGCGUGGCGACGGAAGCUGCGGUCUUUGGUCCCGGUGGACGGCGUGGUGGCGCGGCACAUCCGCACGGGGGAGCCGGUGGCGCUGUCGCGGCGGGUGGUGGCGGCGUUCCUCCUUAUGACCGUGGCGGACUUCAGCGACCAGUACACGGACUACCAGGACGAGCUGUUCGGGAACGAGGACGGGCGGCUGGAGUUCUCCGGCGACAACUGGGCCGCGCUGUGGCCGGGCACCGGCAAGCCGGGGCUGUGGGUGAGUGCCAUGUCGCGGAUGACGGCGCUCUACAACCUCAUCGCCAGGGACGACCAGCUGCUGCUGCGGGAGGGUGGCGGAGGCAAGAAUGUCGAGGUCAGCGACGAUGACAUGCUGGUGGGUGAGAUGGUGGUCCCGCCGGUGUUCGAGGGGUGCACCCGCGUGCUGGACCCGGAGGAGCAGAAGGCGGCGAGGGACCUGUACUGGGCUGCCAUCUGCGGCGGCGGCGGCAAGAAAGCGGCAGAAGGGUUGCUGCGGGAGAGCGUCAGGAGGAACCCGUUUGUGGGCGAGCCGUGGCUGGUGCUGGCGCAGGUGCUCCUCAACGAGGGGGGCGGCAGGUACGAGGAGGCGGCGGCGGCGGCGGCGCGCGGGGUGCGGCUGCUGCUGGAGUGGGGGAGCAGCUGGGACAAGCGCAUGUCAUGGGAGGGGUGGGUGUCGUGGGGCAGGCUGAUGAGGGACAAGGCCAAGCGCCGGGAGUGGCCGCGCACCGCCUGGGGCAUCAUCAACCUCGGCCUCGUCGACGGCGUCGCCAACUGCAACUGAUACAGGCGAUCUUAAAUUAAAUAAUCGGGACCAUGAUUGGUGAUAUGCACCGUACGUGUGCGUAGCUCCUAGCUGGAGUGAUUAUGCAUCUGUGUACUCUAGUACCAGCUAUGUGUCUAAGUGUCUUCCCCUCUCUCUGAUCUCUAAUGUAUUUCCUAUUUCCUGCGUCGCUGUACGUUUGUA